AUGUUAUCGCCUAUACCGAUGGAACGACGUAACUCCCAGCAUGCUUCUGGUAGUUCAUCAACCGAUAGGAUGGGACACGGACGCACGAAAUCACUAGGAGCGAUCAAUUUCGGUGUUGGUCUUGGGGCGAACGGUUAUGGAGGACCAUCAAGUCCUAAACCUAUUGGAAGUCCUACGGUGGGAGGAGGAGCCGAGUAUGAAUGGGCUGAUAUACAAGCCAGGACCUUCUGCAAAUGGUUGAAUAAACAGCUCGAAAGUCAAGGAUUGGACCCAAUGGUGGAUCUAGUUAGAGAUUUCUCGAACGGUGUUAAGCUUAUCCAAGAAAUCAUGUCAGAAGAAUCCCUAGGACGAUACGUCAAGAAACCUACCAUGAGAGUUCAAAAGUGCGAAAACGCAGCCAAAGCAUUGAACUUUAUAAGAGGUAAAAACAUAAAAUUGACUAAUAUCGGUCCGGAAGAUAUCGUGGAUGGGAAUUUAAAGUUGAUUUUGGGUAUGAUAUGGACCUUGAUUUUGAGGUUUACAAUAGCCAGUAUCACCGAAGAAGGUCUCUCGGCAAAAGACGGUUUACUCCUAUGGUGUCAGAGGAAAACAACACCUUAUAAUCCUGAAGUGGACAUUCAGAACUUCAAAUCUAGUUUCGCUAACGGGCUGGCAUUGUGCGCUCUGAUACAUCGCCAUCGACCGGAGCUGCUGGAUUAUCACUCCCUGGACAAAAGCGAUAAAAGAGGAAAUACAGAAUUGGCAUUCAAGGUUGCAGAAGAGAGAUUGGGCAUACCUCGUUUGCUAGAAGUUAAGGAUCUAUGCGAUGUAGAAGUGCCAGACGAGAGAUCCGUGAUGACCUACGUAGCGGAGUUCUUCCAUAAAUUCUCUAGUGAAGAUAAAGCAGAAACUGGUGCUAGACGGGUAGAGAAAUUUGCAGAGUUGAUGCAAGGUCUUUGGACAAACAAGAACGACUUUGAGCGACGUAUGACUCUUCUUCUCUCCUCACUCGAGUCGACACUUCAUUCCUGGUCACUCAUACCUCAAUCCACCACUUACCCUGAAGCGAUCUCCCAUCUGAACAAAUUCAACGAAUACAAGAAGACGACCAAACGUGAAUACGUGAAAGAGAGACAGGAAUUAGCUGCGUUAUAUAGUAAUAUCCAAACGAAGAUCAAAACGUAUUCGUUAAGAUCAUGGGAACCAGUCAAUGGAUUGAGAUUGGAAAAUUUGGAGAGGAGUUGGCAAGACUUUUUGGUGGUUGAGACUGCUAGAAGUAGAGGUAUCAAUGCUACGAUUAGAGACAUCAAAGAUGCUUUGAGGAAGAGUUUCGCCAAAGCCGCGGAAGAAUUUGUACUGAGAUUGCAAGAGAUCGAACAGGCUAUAGGAGCUUUGAGGGGAUCUUUACCUGAUCAAAAACAAACCUUAAUCAAAUUAUCUUCGUCCAUCCCUUCGCUUCGAACCACCUUAACCACCCAGAUAUCCUCACUCAACAAUAGUUGUCAAGAAGCCAAAGUUGAAGAGAACGAUUAUACCGUCUUGACAUAUGAUGAUUUAGAAUAUGAGUUGUCUUUAGCUGAAGCGGGAGUGAAGAAGAAAUUGGCAUUUGUAGAUAAUCAAUUGGUCUCGGCUCAACAUACCAACGUCACGCCUGCUAAAUUGGAGGAAUUCGAGGCGACUUUCAAACAUUUCGCUUACGAGGAUAGCAAUACCCUCGGUGUAUGGGAGAUGCACUCUGCUCUAGCAUCCUUAGGAAUAGUCUACGCAGAAGAAGAGAUAGGUAUAAUCUAUACGGAAUUGGAACAGAAAUUUGGUCAGGUAACUUAUGAGGCUUGGUUGGAUCUCUUGGUCGAUCUGACGAAGGACGAUGCGUCUUCUCCUGAACAAUUGAGAGAAGCGUUCAGAGGAAUGGCGGGUGACAAGCCAUAUGUUACGGAUAUAGAUUUCCAAUAUGCGCAUUUACCAAAGGAAACAAUCAGGUUCUUAUCUGAGGUCAUGCCUGAAGAGCAAAGCCCACAGGCUUUGGAAGAAGGUCAGGAGAGAGCGGUAUCAGAGGGGCAGAGAGCAUUUGAUUACCACGCGUUCCUCGAAGAAGCGUUUACGUUCUAG